UUUCAUUCACUGCCAACACUGCGAAAGAGUAAGAUGUCUUCUGAUAUUGUAAUGGAUGAAAUGAUGGAUCUUCACAAUCACCAGUCACCCAUCAAUUUGAAGAUGUCCAAUCAAAAGAAUCACAAACCUCGGCCCUACAGUCGCCCGUCGACUAAAGGUUCAUCUUCAGCAUCUGCUGACCUAAACACCUUGAGGAAAGAGAGGGCACGGGUGCUUUUGUCACUGAUACCCUCUGACAAGAGGAAGAAAAUCGGCCUCGAACUGAGACCAACUCAAAUAGCGCAAAAACCGAACACUGAGAAGUGUAGACCAACAGGUCAGUCAGACAUAUUCCCAUAUAUAUUUUGGAAUGUUGCCAAAAAUGACACCUAUCGGUCCGUAUGGUGGAGCGCUGAUGGAACUGCUGUGGUCAUCCAUGAGAUGAUGUUCAUUGCUGAAAUCCUUGAAAGAGAUAUAUUCAACACAAAGAGCGUCAAAAACUUCUAUCGCCAGCUUAACCUGUAUGGAUUUACCAGGCCUGGAUUUAACUUAGAAAACCAUGGAAAUCCCAGCAUGGACAUUACUGCCAAAGAGGUCAUGGUGUUUGCCCAUCCUUACUUCCAGAGGGAGUGUGAUCACCUCCUGGCCCAGCUGAAGCAGGGCGUAGGGACCAAAGCUACUGAAAUAUCCCCGGUUUCUGAUCCGGAACGUUUUAAAGCUUCUGGAUAUGGUUGCAAGCUGCGUGAUGAAAUGGCCAGCUCAACCUCCCGCAGACCCACGAUCCAAUCACCCUGCCCCAUGAGCGGUCUGAAACCACCUUGCCGGCUGGCCGCUGAGCAGGUUGGCUUGGCUUCACAGAAGACCUCUACGUUGAAGGAUCAGCUCAAAGCCCUUCUCUGUGAGAACAAUGUGGCCCAGCACCAGCAGUUGGUUCUGACCCCUGAUAUGACCCAAUAUCACCCCAGCCUUGGCCUGUCUCUUAUGCUGGCCGAUUUGGAGAGCAAGAGAAGGGCCUUGAUUGGCUUCCUUCAGAAGCAUAGAGCCAGCUCAGCAGCUCAAUUGACUUGAGCACCUGGGCCAAUAAUAACUCCCCAUUCCUUCAGUAAACCUACAAAGGUAGACUAAAUUAUAUUCAGUUACAUUUUACUACUCAUUUCGCAAAUAAAUUU